UCCAAGACACCUGAACUGCGAAACUCCUGUAAUAAUUUUAUUCCACCCUUCUCUCUAAACCUAAUUUCUUUCAUCUCCUCUCCAGACCACAGCUCCGGCGGUGGCAGCCUACCAGGCACCAACACCGCCCACCGCGAGGCCUACAUGCUCUACUCCCUGUUUUCGACCUUUUUUAGGCCUUGUUCACAGCUUUCGCGGCCUUGUUCUCGUCCACAACCUCCACGCGGCCACCAGCGGAGUUUUCCUGCCUCCAAGGCUCUAAUUGUGUAUUUUGGUUUAAAUCUGAGAGGAAAUGUCUUAAAAGGUACGGUGUAGUAAUAAAAAAAAUGGCAAGGCGUAAAGUCAAAAAAACUGUUAAAGCAACCGAAUUGGUGCCUCAUCCCAAGGAGUCCCAAAUUCCGACGCAGCAACCUCACUUCAUGGAGCAUGAAAUCGAAGCAAUGGAGCGACAAAUCAGUGCAAUUAAGGCAGUUCGGGAGGUUAAAACUGAACACUUGUUGACGGAAUUGAGAUUGCUUCGCUCAUGUUUUAGUGAGGAACAACUUCAGAAACCCGUGUUAGAGGUUUUUAAAGAAACUCUUCCAAAUUUGUCCAUUGUGAAUGAUAAAGGGGGUAACAAAUUUGAAGUAAAAUGGAAAGAUAAAGAAGAGUCUAUGAAUGUGAACAUGAACUGUGGAGAUUUGCAUGCUUCGUUGCUGCAAAGGUUGUCCAUGGCUUACCCUCACUGCUCCUCUUCAAUUGCUCCUUUUGCUGGUGCCUUUGAAUAUUCUUCCAAUGCAGCAGGGAUAGCAAGCUUUGUUGGUGCUGAUAAUCUGCAUUCGAAGGAUUUUGUGUUUGAGGAGCCAUCUGAAACUCAGACUUUAGCAAUGCAAGAAGGUCUUCAGACUCCCGGUGUAAAUAGUCAGAGGUUGUCUGUUGGGAUGACGCCCAAAACAGUUCGGCUUCCCAAGCCUGGCGAGAUGCUUCUUUCUGUCCAUGGAUCACCCCUAGGUGUUUACAAGGACAAUAACAUGGAAGCUAUACAUGAGUCAGAGGAGGGUUGAAUUCUGGUUAAAUCUCUUGCUAUUCAAGAUCAAGCUUUUCAAUAUGCACCGACCAAUACAAUUUCAAUAGUCACUCAAGACGAUAUUUGUGUCAUGAUUAGUAGUCUCUUUGCCCAGUAUUCAUUUUUCAUUCAGCGUUCCAGUUUUCUUGUGUUUUCCUCUUUCACAGCCAACUAGAUCAAAUUGAUUUGGCCUCCCAGCUCUCAAAUUUUGGAACGAGAUGCAAUCGGAGAGAAACCAACAGUUAUCUGACUACUUGUAUAUUGCAUGGCUAGUAUGGCUGACACUUAUUACUUAUACCAGAAUGUUAUCGACCAAAAGCAUAUUUCGUAAUAGUCUGUCUUAUAUGUUUUGUUUUGUGUUGUAUUUCCCUGGUUACACUUUGUUUGGAUGAGUAAAAGAAACAGAGAAGAGAGGGAUAAAAGAGAAAUAGAAUGAAAUGCUGUAUUAUUUGGA